AUGGACAGGUCUCUUUCAUGGGAUCAAGUGGCCAAAAACUUGCAUCCAUGGCUCAAAGAUGCCAUUGUCGCUUUGGGGUACCCUGCAAUGACUCCGGUUCAGGCAUCUACAAUUCCACUAUUCAGUGGAAACAAAGACGUUGUGGUCCAGUCUGUGACCGGUUCCGGAAAAACGUUGGCCUUCACUAUUCCUGUUUUGCAUCAUGUUUCUCGAGCUUUUUAUGACUCCGAGUCCCCCACAUCUAAAAAAGGACUGAUACUAGCAGUCAUCAUAUCUCCCACUCGAGAGCUUGCUCACCAAAUACAGUCCGUCUUCGACCAAGUUAUACAGUUUCUGCCUGAUGAAGAGCAAAAAUUAAAAACCCAGCUUGUUGUGGGCUCCCUUGUAAGCGUGCGGGAGGACAUUGAGGCCUUCACGAAGGAUAAACCACAAAUUAUCAUUGGCACACCAGGCAGGCUACUCGAGUUCGUUAGUAACCCAAGAGUCAAGACAAACAAUGUUGAGAUUGCUGUCUUGGACGAGGCCGAUAGACUUCUCGAUAUGUCCUUCGAAAAUGACGUCCUAUCCAUCUUAAGACAGCUACCGAAGCAGAGAAGAACGGGCCUCUUUUCUGCAACCCUAUCUGCUUCUGGAGAUAGAAUCUUUAAAGUAGGUAUGCUCAAUCCCGUCAAGGUCGCGGUACAAUCAAAAUCAUCCCUCACAGCUGCCCCCUCAUCGCUAACCAUUAAGUAUUUGAUGGUGAGCUCGGAGCAAAAGUUUACUAUGCUACUUCAGCUUAUAAGGCGUUAUAAGUUCAAAAAAUGCAUGGUCUAUUUUCCCACGUGCAUAUCGGUAAAGCACUUUUAUCAACUUUUGCUGGUUUUUGAGGAUGAUCCUUCUAAUCCAGUAAGAUUUCACUCCUUGCACGGUCAGCUUGGCACAUCCACUCGACUCAAAACUCUUAAGGCAUUUACAGAAGCUGAUUCCGAUAUAAAAAAACACGUUCUCAUGACAACUGAUGUCGCAGCAAGAGGUAUCGAUGUCUCGGAUGUGGACUUGGUCAUUCAACUAGACCCUCCUAAUGAUCCAGAUGUAUUUUUGCAUAGAGCAGGAAGAGCAGGACGAGCCAAUAAGGCUGGUAAUGCAAUUGUUAUGUUGAGUGAAGGUGGGUCCGAAAUUAAUUUUGUUGAUUUCAUGGAGGUCAAGGGCGUGCUAAUGAGUGAGCUUAAAAUGCAACCUGAUUCUGAAUUUCAUCAACGAUAUUACGCAAGGGUAAGACAAUUUAUGCUUGAUGAUAGAGCUCGACAUGAAACUGCCGUUAAGGCUUACGUAGCAUUCGUGAAGAGCUACUCUAAACAUCUAGCAAAGUCUAUUUUCAGACUCCAAAGCCUUGACUAUGUAGGGGUAGCUCUCAUGUAUGGCCUUUUGAGACUUCCAAAAAUGCCUGAGGCACGCUACAUUCCUUCUGAGAGAUUGCCAGAGGAUGGCUGGCUCAUAGGUGAACCGAUGGAUAUGGACAAAUAUAAAUACGCUGACCCUGUCAAGGAAAGAGCAAGAGUCGAGAAUUUAGAGGCAGAUAAAGAAAAGAAAAUUCAGGACGCCAAAAAAAGGAAGCAACUUAAAAAGCAAAAUGAAUCGUGGUCUUCCAAAGAGAAAUCUAAAGAAGCAAAACUGGAAAGGAAGCAGAAACUUAAAAGAAAGCGUGAAGAAUUAGAGCGCAAACUAAUGGAACAGUCUUCUGAUGAUGAGGAAGUUCAAGUGGACUGGAAAGACUUGGUUAGGCAAAGCAAAAAACUGAGACAAACUUCUAGUGUACAAGGGCAGUUCAGUGAUCUAUGA